ACUGAUAAAAAACAUAUUAUUAAUUGUCACUUCUGGAGCAUAACAGGAUCAGUUCACAAGCCAUUUUACCCCACUGCUUGAGUUAGAUGCUCCCUCUUUAAAAGGAAGGAAGGAAGAUAUCUCAUUCUCCUUGGUGAGAGAAAAUACAAAAAUAGACAUGUUUCCUUUUAUGGCAGAUUUUCUGCUUCCACCCAAAACUACUUCAAAGUUUCGGUACCAUCACACCAGCAAGUGUUGACCAUUAUUAAAUAAGUGUUCACAUUUUUUACAUAAGCACUGGGAAAAAGCCAGCAGGGACUGCAGCAAGUGUCAUUUUACCUUAAAAAUUAAAAUUUAAAAAAAAUAAAUUAAAAACGUUAAAAUAUUUUAAAUUAAGUAAAUGUGCCUUUGGUGUCUGGGUUGGCACCUACAAACUUCUCCCACUUAGACUUGCAGGAUAAUUUUUCAUGUGAAAAAGAAGGCAAACUUGAGAGAGUUUAGGCAGAGAUCUGAAUUUCCUCUACAUUUAUCAGAUCUGGCUGAGGUUUUUUUGUCUGACACAUUCAGAUACCAUCAUGUGUUUGGCCUGCAAUUUUAAAUAAAAUCCACCUCCAGCCUCCUUAGUACCAGCUCUGGUAUUGCCAACAGCCCCAGAUGUGCACGACGGGUAAGGCCAGGCUGAGAAGAAGCAGCUGUGAGGAAGUCAGAUCGGAUCAAGUGCAGCUGCGGGGCCACGCCAGCUGCUGAACCCUGUGCUGAGGGAAGAGGCUGAAAUGCCACCCAAAAGGUGACAGAGACACAGCUUGGUGAGGAAUUGUCCACUGGGCACACAGGGAUGCUCUUCCCGGUGCGGAUCCCUCCUGCCCACCCCUCCUGCAGGUGACCCCAGCCAGCUGUGACCCAUGAGCAGGACACAGGGGCAGGACUGGGAUUAACUCCCCGUGAUGAGCCGCUGACCGGAGCCUCCCGCACGGAUUCCAGGGCUGGGCUGUUCCCUUUGGAUGCCCCUGGCUGCAGGACAGGCAGGGAUGGACGUGUUAUGAUGCCGGGGCUGAGCACGGAGCCGGAGCACAACCAUGAGCAACAGCUCCAACUGCAGUGAGACAGACCUCAAGCCCUACUACGCCGUCACCUACACGGUGAUCCUGAUCCCCGGGCUCAUCGGGAACACCCUGGCCUUGUGGGUCUUCUAUGGCUACAUGAGAGAGACUAAAAGGGCCGUGAUAUUUAUGAUCAAUUUAGCCAUUGCUGACUUGUCACAGGUGCUGUCCUUGCCCCUGAGGAUAUUUUACUACCUGACGGGCACGUGGGAGUUUGGAGGAGGUCUCUGCAUGCUCUGCUUCUACCUGAAGUACGUCAACAUGUAUGCCAGCAUCUACUUCUUGGUGUGCAUCAGCGUGAGGAGGUACCUGUUCCUCAUGCACCCCUUCAAAUUCAGUGACUGCAGGCGUGUCUGUGAUGUCUACAUCAGCAUCGUGGGCUGGGUCGUGGUCUGCGUGGGCUGCCUGCCUUUCCCACUCCUCAGGAUGCAGCACCAGGAGGAUAAAAACGCCUGUUUUGUGGAUCUUCCCAUCAAGAAACUCGACCUCCCCACCUCCAUCACGCUGAUGACCAUAGGGGAGUUGGUGGGGUUUGUGACCCCCCUGCUCAUCAUCCUGUACUGCUCCUGGAAGACAAUCUUAUCACUAAAGGAGAGGCACUCUGCCUCCCGGGACCUGGGCGAGAAGAAAAAGGCUUUAAAGAUGAUCCUCACCUGCGCCCUGGUGUUCCUGAUUUGCUUUGCACCUUACCACAUCAGCUUCCCGCUGGAUUUCUUUGUGAAAACCGGGCAGAUCUGGGAGGGCUGCGUGCAGAUCUCGGUGUUCCACGCCGUGGCUUUGUGCCUGGCCAGCCUCAACUCCUGCGUGGACCCCAUCAUCUACUACUUCACCACGGACGAGUUCAGGAGACGCCUCUCCCGGCAGGAUCUGCAGGACAGCAUCCAGCUGCAGCACCUCAGCUACGGCAGGAAGCACUCCAGGGACGUGCUUGGGGAGGACACCACGGAAUACUGAAUCCCAAACAGCUGCCAGCACUUCCACUGUUCAUUACAUUUUGGCCUUUGCCACAGGUUUUUCCCUCAGGACACUGAGAACGACAAUUGAAACUUCUGCUUUCGGUGAGGGUUGGAAUAAACAAACAACCCCCACUCAAAAAUACCCAAACCUGACCAAAAAUGUGUUUAUUUAAUAUUUCAGGUGCACAUUUUCACUGAAUAGAAAUAGGAGCAUUUCCAUUCCUCAGCUGGGUGGUCGGACCCAUGGGAGAGGUGACACCAUGCUCCUCUGUCACCUGUGGCAUCACCCAGCCACGUCCUGGCCAGCAAGAAUCAGCAAAGAUUCUGGGGUCUGGCUGUGCAGAAAGAAUUUUAUCCUAAAAAUCACUGGAUGCCACAAUAUUCUGUGUUUCUGAAGCACAAGACAGUUCAGCAGAGACUGAUUCUCCAGAGAGGGCCCAGAGCCUGCUCCAGCCAUGCUGAGCAUGGAGUGAGGAGCAGAAGGUGGCCCCAAGGGACUUCCCAUUUAAAUAAUUAAUGAAGCCUCAUUUGGGGGAGUAGCAAAUGCCAUCACCCCAAGUCACACAGCCAGGGAAGCUCCCACACACUAUUUUUUACCAUCAGUUCCCCCUUCUGGGUGCAAAGCCAGGGUUAGAGCCGUGCCUUGGCUUUUGAACCAUGGGGCUGUGCUUGGAGGGUUUUUAUUCAAGCCAGGUGUCCAUCAAGCCUUUCAGGUCCUCUUUUCACCCAAAAUGGGGCAAAUUCUUUCCCUUUCACUGAUAACUGACCCACAGCCAUCACAUCCACUCCCCAUUAACAGCAGCAGGAUUCAGAGGAUCCAAACAUUCCCAAAGUUUGCUGUAUUGGGAACUCCCUGGAAGCAAAGUCAAAGGUGCCACAAGAGAUUUUUUAAGAAAGGCCCAAAGGUGGAUGUUGUUUUAUUAAUAUUUGCUUUAAAUUCAAACCACAGAGACUUCAGGCUUGACUUUGGUAUUUCAUUUGCACCUUCUUGUAAAAUGCUAUUUUUCUGUGAACGUUGCAAAUGUUACAUUAUGAAGUGCAAAAUACUGUGACAGUAUCAUUUUUUUUAUUUAUGCAAAUGUUGUUUUAUAAUUUAUAUGAGGGAAAUACACAUUGUAGGAAAAUGAUGUGAAGCCCAGAGAGUGUCAGAACACAAGAAUUUU